AUUGCAGUCGGUCCGUCCAAAUUCAGCAUGAGGGCAGCAGUUUUGACACACACGCGUACACAGUAUCAACCCGUUUUAUUUCUUCCUCCAUAUAAAUCGUUUCUCUCCCUGACAAUAUAUUUCCAAGAGAAUUCGAGAAUCCCAUUGACAGCCGGCAGCAUUUCUCAUCCUCGAGAGGCGAAGAAGAAGUCGGAGAUCCAGAGACUGACUUGUGUUUCCUCUUUUGGAUCGCAAGCAUUCAGUCGGCCGGAGAAGAUGAUGGUCGUCAUAGAUCAGUACAUUCUCGGCACUUUCUUCGCUUCUCUCUUUGCUCUCGUUUUCAUCUACAUUUUGCGUCACAAUAGUAGCAACGACAAAAGCAGGGGAAAGAAGACCGUUAAGGGUGGGAAUUUGUUUCUGAAGACGCAAAACGACAGCGCACGUCCCUCUGACGACGUCGGAAACGCUGCACUGGAUAAUGCCUCCGGCACCGAUGUUAUCAUCGUCGGUGCCGGCGUUGCCGGAGCCGCGCUCGCGCACACUCUUGGCAAGGAAGGAAGAAGGGUUCAUGUGAUAGAGAGAGAUUUGAAUGAACCUGACAGAAUUGUAGGUGAAUUGCUUCAGCCAGGGGGAUAUCUGAAAUUGAUUGAAUUGGGUCUAGAGGAUUGUGUUGAGGAAAUUGAUGCCCAGAGAGUUCAAGGGUAUGUUGUCUUCAAGGAUGGGAAGACUGCUAGGCUGUCAUAUCCUUUGGAGAGUUUUCAUUCAGAUGUUGCUGGGAGGAGCUUCCACAAUGGGCGUUUUAUACAGAGGAUGAGAGAAAAAGCUGCUAAGUUGCCAAAUGUUAGACUAGAGCAAGGAACAGUUACAUCUUUACUCGAAGAAAAUGGUAUUAUUAAGGGAGUUAAGUACAAAACUAAGGGUGGUCAAGAAAUGAGAGCCUGUGCUCCUCUUACUGUUGUAUGCGAUGGUUGUUUCUCAAAUCUGCGACGCACUCUCUGCAAUCCUAAGGUGGACGUCCCAUCUUAUUUUGUGGGUUUAGUCCUAGAGAAAUGUCAACUCCCUUUUGAAAAUCAUGGGCAUGUUAUUUUGGCUGAUCCUUCACCAAUCUUAUUUUAUCCAAUCAGCAGUACAGAAGUUCGUUGUUUGGUUGAUGUACCUGGUCAAAGAGUACCUUCCAUUGCUAAUGGUGAGAUGGCCAAGUACCUAAAAACAUCAGUGGUGCCACAGAUUCCACCUGAACUUUGUGACGCUUUUGUAUCAGCAGUUGAGAAAGGUAACAUCAGAACCAUGCCGAACAGAAGCAUGCCGGCUGAUCCUCAUCCUACUCCUGGGGCUCUUUUAAUGGGUGAUUCUUUCAACAUGCGCCAUCCAUUAACUGGUGGUGGAAUGACUGUGGCGCUAUCUGAUAUUGUUGUACUCCGGGAUCUCCUCAAGCCACUGCAUAACCUUAAUGAUGCAGCUUCUCUUUGCAAAUACCUUGAAUCUUUUUACACCUUGAGGAAGCCUGUAGCAUCUACUAUAAACACUCUUGCUGGUGCUCUCUACAAAGUAUUUUCUGAUUCCCCUGAUCAAGCAAGAAAGGAAAUGCGCCAAGCAUGCUUUGAUUACCUCAGCAUUGGAGGUCUUUGCUCAUCUGGUCCUGUGGCUUUACUUUCUGGUUUAAACCCUCGCCCAUUAAGUUUAGUUCUUCAUUUCUUUGCUGUGGCUGUAUAUGGUGUUGGUCGUCUGCUGCUGCCAUUUCCAUCCUUUAAGCGGAUAUGGCUUGGAGCUAGAUUACUUGCAAGUGCAUCAGGGAUUAUUUUUCCAAUCAUCAAGGCAGAAGGAGUGAGGCAAAUGUUUUUCCCGGCUACUGUUCCAGCCGUGUAUAGAGCUCCUCCUGUUAACUGAUGUUUAAGAGGAUUCAAGAAUAUGACCAGGUGUAGUUUUGGCUUUUAGGUCUGUCAAAGUGAAUCCCGCUUGCAUUCUAAACUCUAUUGAACUGACAAUGGGUCUCAUUGCCUUGUAUGCAAUCAAACUAUAUAUUUCUAAAAUCAGUUUUGUUGUAUGAACCCUUAGCUUCAAUAUAAUUAAUAAUAUGUAUCUUGAUCGUCAUUUUGAAGCAAAUGCUCCUUAAUUUCAAGUGCAUUCAAUUGCCAAAACAAGGAGUUGGAUGGAUAGUGGUGGACGCAUUAAUUUUGGGUCCCAGUGGUUGCUAUAGAAAGAAAAAUCCCUCAAUGCAAUAAAUGUUGACUUCAUUUAUUAUUUUCAA